CUUUCAUCCUUCCCCGAGCUGACCGGGGAAUAAAAUAAAAAUAGUUGGCUGUCCCAUCAACAGGGGGUGUAACCCCCCCGCUGGUGGGAUACCACUCGUACAUCACUAGCUCUCUGACGUAGGGGUGGCAUCUUUUGUCCGCUCUUGCUAUGUCUUCUAUCCAUCUAGGUCCGGUCCAGCAAAGAAUAGACACCAAACCCCCGCAACGCGGGGCACCCCGUUGACCGUGGGGUGCGACCCGUACGACCGGAGAAGGGGACCCAGGUGGCUGAGGUGUGGCUUUCCUCACCAACACGCCACUUUGUCCCUGGAUUCGGUCUAGACGGGCGGUUGCAGUGGCCUACUGCACUCAAUCGGUUGCGACCGGUUCAUAGAACCGAUUUUGGCCAAUCUUGGUUAGAAGGCAAGAUUUCUUGCCGUCUGAUUGGGAGUAUACCUCCAGGGUAGCCCUGACACCUGCUAUGGACUUCCGAGCAGUGUCCCCUUGUUGGACUCGGUGGUGGGUGGGGAGCCCUGGAGAUGAAAUAAAAGACAAAAUACACAUGGAUUCAACCAAAAACAUUUCUCCCACCCCAAUUCCCAACAAGUCCCAGACAGGAGAAGCAGGUGCAACUCCUGGCCUGGGCAAAAGAAAGAAGGGCCUUUCGGGCGAAGAUGCUGACAAUGUCAGCAUCUGGGACAUACCCAAGAGAACAUCAUUGGGGUGGUCACCAUUUUUGGUGAUCUCCCCAAAAGAUGAAAAACAAGACACAAAUUUAACCACACUAAGCGUCUUCAAAAUUCACAAAUCACUAAAACAAAAACAUUUCCCUAUUCACAAGCCAAAAUACAUUUAAAAAACUAGGAUCCACGGACCUCCUGAUACAAGUCAGUUCCAGCAUUGAAUCAGGCAAACUGUUGGCCUGCACCUCGUUUGGUGGCAUCCCUGUAUGUGUUCAGCCUCACAGGAGUCUGAACACAUCCAAGGGUGUCAUCAAAAGCCGAGAGCUCUGCGGCUGUACCGAAGAAGAAAUGGUUCAGGAGGUCGAUGGAAUUGUCCAUGCUCGUCGUAUCAAAAUACGGCGGGAUGGCAAGGAAAUCUGUACCAACACGUGGAUCCUUACCUUCAACACACCCACACCACCAACAAAAUUAGACAUUGCAUACUUAGAACUCGAAGUUAGACCAUAUAUACCGAAGCCGAUGCGCUGUUUCAACUGUCAGCGCUUCGGACACACACUGCUACGCUGUCGCCGUGGUGCAGCGUGUCCUCGCUGCGGCAAGGAGGGACACUCUGGGGAGACCUGCUCUGCAGAUCCCUGGUGUCCAAAUUGUCGACAGGGGGGUCACUCUGCAUCUUCGACGGAGUGUCCGAAGUGGUGUCAGGAGAAAGCCAUCCUCACACAUAGGGCCCAGUACGGCGGAACGUUCGCUCAAGCAAGAGCAACGCUAUACCCAAAAGGAUCGACGCCGAAGAAUACAACAAAAACAUAUUCAGAAGUCCUGAAGACUGUCCCAGGGUCAGUAAACCCAACCCGAAAGGUCCUUCAGACAAAUAGAAAGCAGAACACCUGCAAAAAACACUCCAGUCUGGAGACGGAGGAGGACAUGGAGUCCACUUCCUCCACUCCUAUCUCCCCCUCUCUCCAUCCGCCAUCUCCCCACACCCCCUCUUCAUCACCACCCUCUCAGCCAUCUUCUUCAUCCUCACCCUCUUCAUCAUCCUCACCCUCAUUCUCAUCAUCACCCCCAUCAUCUUCACCCACAACCUCCUCCCCAUCAUCAUCCUCACACAAAUCACCACAUCCUACACCCUCAUUGCUUCAACCUCCAUCCCAUCAUCCUUCAUCCAAUAAAGCCCCUCCACCCACUCCCCGCACCCGCUCCCCCUCCUCUACCCACAUCCAGGACUCCGGUCCUCCUCCCCCUCCACACUCUCCCUCAAAAAAGGCUGCAGUCCACCAUGACCGCUGCAAAACAAAACAAAGACAAAGGUCACCAACGACCCAAAAAAAAUGUAUCGAACCCGUGCCCUCAAAAUAAAUUAAAAUGGCAGUUCUUCAGUGGAACAUUCACGGUUUGCGUGCAAACCAGGCAGAACUCUCUUAUCUUUUGACCUCACACACCCCAAAUGUAAUCUGUCUACAAGAAACUAAAUUGCCAACACCCACAUUCACAUUAAAAAACUAUCAAACUUACAACCAAAUAUACACCGACAACCAAAUCGCCUCUGGGGGCAACUCCAUUUUAAUAAAUAACCAAACACUACACAGACAAAUACAACUAAACACAACACUUCAAGCAGUUACGGUCAGGGUCACCCUACACCGUCCUAUAACUAUCUGUUCAAUAUACAUCCCUCCAAAUUAUCCUCUAUCUUUAAGAGAACUAAUAAACCUCAGAGACCAGCUCCCACAACCCUUCAUCAUGUUGGGAGAUUUUAAUGCCCAUAGCCCUCUUUGGGGAAAUGAACCAACUGAUACUAAAGGUAAAAUCAUAGAAGAUUUCUUAAUAAAAACCAAUACUAGUAUUUUUAACGACAAUUCCCCAACAUUUCAAAAUUCAAAUAACCUAAACUUUUCAUCCAUAGAUUUAACCCUUUGUGAUCCUGACCUAAUUCCAGACUUUCAGUGGUCGGUCCUGGACGACCCACACGGAUCGGACCACUUCCCCAUCAACCUAAUUCCAGAUAUUCCACACCCGAACUCCUAUCCCAGACCGUUUCAAUCUUAAAAGAGCGGACUGGGAUGGGUUUCACAUGGAGUGUCUGAAGAAACUCAAUCCAUCUCAAACACAAACACAUACUUUUGAACGAUUUCAUGAAACCCUUCUCGAGAUCGUUCAAAAACACAUACCAAAAUUAUCCACCAAACCCCGAAAAAAUAAAUGUUGGUUCACUGAAGACUGCCAAAAAGCUGUUGCGGCCAAAAAAUCAGCUCUCAGGAAGUUCGUCAACUCUAAAACUAACGAAGACCUCAUUAAUUUCAAAAUUGCGCGAGCCCAAGCACGCAGAAAAAUCAGAACAGCCAAGAAAAUAUCUUUUCGAAAUUAUGUCUAAAAAAUCAACAACACACCAAUGCACAAAGUCUGGAAGAUGAUAAAGAAAUUAAAAGGUACUAAAAAAGACACAAUCAAACACAUCCUUAAACCGAAUAACUCCUUCGUAGAAACCGAAAAAACAGUUGCUGACUGUAUAGCAUCAACUCUCUCCGGAAAUUCCUCUACCCACAAUUACAACCCUGAAUUCAAAAAAGUAAAAAUGUCUUCUGAAAAGACAACUGUUGAUUUUACCUCUUCAAAUGAAGAACACUAUAAUUGCAGCUUUUCUCUUAACGAAUUAAAAUGUAAUAUUGCAGAACUAUCAAACACAGCUCCAGGCCCUGAUCAAAUACACAACGAAAUCAUCAAACGUCUUCCAGACGAAACACUCCUAUUACUCCUUGAUAUUUACAAUGAACUCUGGCAUUCUCAACAAUUUCCGAACAGUUGGCGUCUUGCCACUGUUAUACCAAUCCCAAAA